CAUCCAGAAUGUCGAGAAUAUCGCAACCUAACGGUGAUCAGAACGGGUAUUAUACCUCUAAUAGCGCGACCUGUACCGGUCGUCCACGAGGAGUACAAUUGCACAAAUACGGUCGAGGUAAUCGUCGGUGGCGUUGAAGCCCAGGAGGGAGAGUUUCCUCAUCAGGCCUUACUCGGUUGGCAACCUGUUGAUCAGUUCGGUUCCGAGGAAUAUGAUUUCCUUUGUGGCGGGGUAUUGAUUAGCGAGUGGUACGUUAUGACGGCUGGACAUUGUAUUCUGCAUGAACCGCUCGUGGUUCGACUUGGAGAACAUGAAUUAAAUGAAGAGGUUGUGGAUCAUCACGUGGAUUUCGAUAUCGAGAGGGUUGUACGGCACCCACGUUACAAAGGCAGUAGUUCGUACAACGAUAUAGCACUGAUCAAACUCAAACAAAAAGUUCGCUUCUCGACGUACAUUCGGCCGGCUUGUUUGUGGACUGCAAACACGAUUAACUAUACGACGGCGAUUGCGACUGGAUUCGGUCAGCUAGGAUUCUUGUCACACCUGUCCUCAAAAUUGAACAAAGUAAAACUGGACAUCUACGAAGACGAUGAAUGCUCGCAAGCAUUUCAGAAUAGUCGGAAGUUCAAGGAUGGGAUUAUAGAUUCACAGAUUUGUGCCGGAAGCGACAGUAACCGCGAUACCUGCCAGGGUGAUUCCGGAGGGCCUUUGCAAGUGAUGGUGGAAGACGAGGGCUGCACAUAUCACAUCCUUGGACUCACAUCACACGGUCAAGAUGCUUGUGGGUGGAAAAAUCCACUGGCGGUCUACACAAGGGUGUCGUCCUUUGUGAACUGGAUUGAGCACGUGGUUUGGGAUAGGGAUGAUGAGCUUGAUUACUAUGAUGCCACAUUCCUGAUAUGAUAGUAAAAUCAAUAAACUUGAAAAUAAAUCUUAUCUAUUUGUUAUAUUGGAUUAUUAACAUACACACGCA